UAAACGUUCUGGAAAUAUCGAAUUCCUGCAGCGAACCAGGUGGCGAGACAGGAGUCGUUACCAUUUACGGCAAUACCAGAUGGUGUACUGAAAAUUAUCUCCCGUUGUUCUAGGACUUUCUCUGUUGAUAUUCUGGUCUAAUGUUUGCUCUGAAUUAACAUGCUCGUUUUAUUUCUUCAUCUGGAUACAUGCUAUGUACCGUACACAUAACAGAAGACGAUAGAGUUAGUGGAAAUUAAUUUUCUACUAGAUUCUAAGAAUUUCACGUGUCGAACUCUCCUAUUUUGGAGAUAGUAAAUGUAUCGACUUCCUCAUUCAUCAAAACAUGCCUACGAUCACAGAGGUGGCAGAUGUGAACACUCUAAAAGAGGAGGGUAAUAAUCAUUUCAAGGAGGGGAACAUUACCAAAGCAUUGGAUUCAUACACCAGAGCCCUCGACAUUCUUGACAUCAAAGAUGGAGAAAAAGCGGUGAUACUGAAGAACAGAGCCGCAUGCUACUUAAAGGAAGAGGACUACCAGGCCGUCAUUGAUGACUGUACAGCAUCGUUAGAGUUGGUAGCCAAUGAUCCCAAGGCUCUGUACAGGAGAUGCCAGGCCUAUGAACAUCUUGAUAAAGUAGAGGAGGCAUAUAAAGAUGCCGGCACCAUAAUUAAAGUGGAUCCCAAGAACAUGGCAGUCCAAAAUAUCCUGAGGAGACUGAAUCCAAUCAUACAGGAAAAGGUCAAACAACAGAACAGCACCUCAGCAAAAGUAACCCAGAUGUUCGAGUUGGUUUUUGAUGCCAAAACAGAUAAGGAACAAAGAUUGCAGGCAUGCAAUAAUCUGAUUGUGUUGGCACGGGAGGAGGCAGGUGCCAAAAUCAUUUGUGAGAUGUCUGGAGUUGACAAACUUCUCCAACUUCUGCUGGAGAAAGAUCCAGAAAUCAAUCAGACAGCCAUCAGAACAUUGUCUUGUCUGGCAGCAAACAGCCAAGAAAGGAGUUACCUGGUUCAGGAAAAAAUGGGAGUACAGAAAAUGAUGACAUUUAUGUCAUUGAAGCAUGACGGAUUGUGUACAUCCACUGCAUUACUGGUUCAGAACCUCAUCACUCACAUCUCUGGCCUCCCGGAGUAUAAAAAACUGCUGCAGCAUUACCAUGAUGAACGCAAGAAAGGAAACCCAUGCAGAUAUCCAAAGUUUGAAAUGGAUGAGCAGGCGACAGAAUUCAUUGAUGGCGUGUUUAAGAUCCUUGUGAAGAUGCUACAGAGUAACAAAGUGUCGGGCUAUGGACGAGACUCUGCCAUGGAGCUCAUCAUUAAAAAUAUGUUACGCAGCGAUGGUGUUCAGUGGACCAGAAAGUUUCUAGACACAGAUGGUGUUGAGGGUCUGUUGACCAUUGCCUCAGCCAUUCCUCAGCACGAGACAUGCACCAUUGAGAUCACAGAAAGCUCAAAGUAUCAUGCGUCGGUGGCUCUGGCCAAGAUCUACGACGACCUACUCAGCGACAAGGAGCGAGAUAUGUUCAGGGACCAGUGCAGUACCUUCUUCAAAGAGUUGUUUGGCGAUUCUCUGUUUGAGUCCAAAGUAGAAGCCAUAAAGUGCAUUUCUUCACUGCUUCAGGGUCCAUACGAAGUUGGAAACAUUAUUCUCGGUUUUGAUGGAGUCACACAGAUCAUGCUGGCUCUGGCAAACAGUGACAAGUCAAUGCAUCAGCAAGUAGCGGUGGAGGCCAUUGUCCACUCAGCGUCCAAGAAGGACAAGUGUGCCGGAUUACUGAAUGAUGCUGUGCCUGUGUUAAAGAAACUCUACCAGGAAUCCACGGACGCUGUCAAAGUCCGAGCGCUGGUGGGUUUGUGUAAGCUGGGAUCCUUUGGCGGUUCAGAUGCCAGUCACAGACCUAUGCAGGAUGGUUCUACUCUGGCUCUUGCUAAAGCCUGCAGGAAGUUUCUGAAUGAUCCAAACAAAAGUGUAGACCUUCGACGGUGGGGCACAGAGGGACUGGCGUAUUUGACCUUGGAUGCAGAGGUCAAAGAGGAACUAAUCAAUGAUACUGCUGCCCUGCGAUCAUUGAUUGAUGUUGUGGCUAAAGCCGACAAGAACAUCCUCUAUCCAGCGGCUUCUGUGUUUGUGAACCUGACCAACAGUUACGAGAAACCGGAUAUCAUGCCAGAGAUGAUCGAGCUGGCCAAAUAUUCCAAACAGCAUGUACCAGAGGAGCAUGAAAAGGACAAACCAGAGCAUGUCAAACAGAGGCUCCAGAAACUGGCAAAAGCUGGAGUUAUAACAGCCAUGGUUUCCAUAGCAACCACAGACAGUACCAAUACCAGAGAACAAAUCUCAAGGGUGUACAAUGCCAUCACUGUAGAAGAAGAUCUGAGGGGGAUUGUAGUACAGCAAGGGGGAGCCAAGUCAUUAGUUGACUUGUCCACCAAGAAUAACACAGAUCCUGGAAAGAUCCUUGCAGCCUGGUCCCUAGCUAGGAUCACCAUCACUGCUAAUCCGGAGACCACAUUUCCAGGACAGAGGAUUUACGAGGUAGUGCGCCCCUUGUUAAGUUUGCUCCACAUUGACAGGACAGCACUACAGAACUUUGAGGCCCUGCUGGCCUUGACAAACUUGGCUUCUCUCAAUGAUACACUCAGGAAGAGGAUAGUGGCAGAGAAGGGGCUGCCUUCCAUAGAGCACUACAUGACAGAGGACCACGACAUGUUGAGGAGGGCCGCUACGGAGUGUAUGUGUAACAUGGUCAUGAAUGAGGAGGUUGUAAAAAUCUACGAGGGUGAAACUGACCGCCUGAAGUUGAUGGUGCUUUAUUGUGGUGAGGAGGAUGAGCUGGUCGUGAGGGCAGCAGCGGGUGCCAUGGCCAUGUUGUCUAACAGCGAAAAGAUCUGCAAUAAAAUUCUAGGGGUUGGUCCGUGGCAAGAAAUUUUACUAAGUGUAGUGGUGAAUGAAAACGUGGAAAUCCAGCACCGUGGUUGUUAUAUUGUGAGGAACAUGUUAUCAGUGAACAAAGAAAUGGCAGAGAAAGUGAUCGAAGGACAGAUGUUGGAGGUGCUGAUGGCUCUGUCUAUACUGGAGGACCCCCAGAGGGAGAUGGUCGUCAAAUGUGCUGCCUCCUGUCUGGAAGUCUGUGUGCAACACGGACUGAUCAAACCAAAGGAGUGACCAGGGGUCACCAAAACACAGUGCCAAAUCCUGGAAGUAAGCGUGCAAUAAGUGAUGAAACAUGUGCAGAUUCAGCAACGAAGGUCCCUCAAGGGGCAUAACUGUAAAUGUCAUUUUACAUUACAUGCCCGGCUUUUUUCUGAAUAAAUUGUUAUCAUGGUUAUAUGUACAAUCAUUUUGAAAUUAUCUCUCUUUUUUUAAUGUUGGUUGUGUAUGAAUUUGUUAUGUGAAAAAUUAUUUAUUUAUUGCAAUAAUUAGGCUUUGAUAGUAACAGUUUAAAUAAAGCUAAGAUGUCCAUGUAUAUUGAACAAAAAUUGAAAGAUAGAGUGAAGAAAGAAAUAAGCGACUUGUGUGUAAGCUGAUAUGACAGGUAGUUGUUGAACAUCAUGAAUUGAUAUGACAGGUAGUUGUUGAACAUCGUAAAUUGAUAUGACAGGUAGUUGUUGAACAUCGUAAAUUGAUAUGACAGGUAGUUUAACAUCGUAAACCAAUAUGAUGGGUAGUUGUUGAAAAUCCAUGUACUUUUCUAUUCAUUACAAGAAAUGCCAAGGUAAUUUCAGCAUUAAAACAUUGUUCUGCUACGUCCAACCAUGUUAAAAUCAAUAUUGUAUUGCAAAUUCCAGUAUCAGUUUUACUAUGCAUUUUGUGUGUGUGUAUUUAUUUAUCAAUGUUUUUUUUACUACAUUUCCCCUCCCUGACGCAUGUCUGGAUCGACUUUAUACAAAAUAAAGUGUGCUGGAUUCA